UGCCUGCCGGUCCGCUUCCACUCCUCCCCGGGAGCCUCUCCAGAGCCCUCUCCUCCUGACACAGCUUCUCCACUCGGACAUCCCCUGGUCGCUGCAGUCCCGCCUCGCCAUGAAGACGACUGCUCGGUGAUCUGGUGCCUGCGCACGCCCCCCCCACGCACCGGAGACGCGCUAUAUUUGGAUCGGGCUUUUGUUGGCUACACACAGGAUUUAUCUGCGCCGCGGGCUUCCCUUUGUGUCAAAGGGCUUAACGCGGAGUGCUCGGACGGCGACGGAGCGGGGGGGUGGAGGGGGAGGGAGGGGGGCUUCGCUUCGCCCGCCGGCUCUCUUUGUGGCCGGGCCGUGAUGGCAGCCAGCCGCCUGGAGGCGCAGGACCACCCGCCCGAGAACGGCUUCACCCCGCUGGAGCACCCGGUGCCCCGGCUGCUGCCGCACAUCGACCGCACCGUCCUGCCGUCUUUGGGGGGGUUCGGGAAACAUCAGAAGCAGCUCGUGGUCCUGACCUGGAUACCGGCAUUGUUCAUUGGCUUUAGUCAGUUUUCGGAUUAUUUCCUCCUGGCCCAGCCCAAUGGAACGUGCCUGCAGCCCCUCACGAACGACAGCAACUGGACCGCCGGGUCCCCGCCGGUCAGCGGCGGCGCACCCGCGUGGCAACUCGCCGGCAACGGCACCGAGGGGGGCUACGGCGAAGGCGGCGGUAUGCCAUGCGCCUGCAAGGAGUGGAAGCUGGAGCUGCAAACGGGACUUAGUCAGAAUGUGGUUACCAAGUGGAACCUGGUGUGUGACUCAGCCUGGAAGGUGCACAUUGCCAAGUUCUCUCUGCUGGUGGGCUCCAUAUUUGGCUACCUAGUGAUGGGGGUCAUGGCUGACUGGUUUGGUCGACACCCCGUGUUGAUUCUCUCGGUGCUUUUCAUGCUGGUGUUUGGUCUGAGUGUUGCCUUCUCUGUGAACGUCACCAUGUUCAGCACCUUGCGCUUCUUUGAGGGUUUCUGCUUGGCGGGCCUCGCUCUCUCCCUCUACGUGCUCAGGAUCGAGCUUUGUCUGCCAGCCUGGCGUUUCUCCAUGACCAUGGUGGCCAGUUUCCUGAUGGUGGGCGGGCAGCUUCUGAUGCCAGGGGUGGCCGCGCUGUGCCGCAAUUGGCCGGGCCGCGAUGACUGGCAGGUCCUGCAGAUUGUCAUAAUCAGCCCUUUUGUUCUGAUGCUGCCCUACGUCUGGCUUUUUCCGGAGUCGUUGCGCUGGUUGCUUGCCACCCACCACUACAGGCGGUCCAAAGCCAUGAUGCUGCGUAUUGCCAGGAAGAACCAGGUUAACCUGAACACUGAGCCGAGAGGCGUUCUGACGGAGCUGGAGCAGGAGCUGCACCAGAAACCCCAACCGACCUGCAUUGUCAAGAUGAUGAGCACGAGGAACCUGUGGAAAAACAUCGUGGUGCUGUGUGUCAACUCGCUGACGGGCUACGGGAUCCACCACUGCUUCGCCCGCAGCAUGAUGGACCCGGAGGCCAAGCCCACGGCUUUGUGCCACGCAGACUAUUACACCAUGGCCGGCAUCGCCGUGGCAACAUGCCUGGCGGUCUGCCCCGCGGUGGGGCUGAUGGGUCGGCGGGGAGGGCUGCUCACCUUCAUGAUCAUUACAGCACUGGCGUCCCUUCUACAGCUGGGCCUACUCAACUUGAUUGGCAAGUACAGCCUUCGCCACGACACAGUUCUGCGAGACACCCUGAACAGGAAAUUCUCGGUGGCCUUCUCCAUCAUCGGCAUGUUCUCCUCUCACGCAGUCAGCACACUCAGCAUAUUCUUUUGUGCUGAAAUCACCCCUACUGUCAUCAGGGGUGGAGGACUGGGCCUGGUCCUGGCCAGCGCCGGCUUCGGCAUGCUCACCGCCCCCAUCAUGGAGCUCCACAACCAGAAGGGCUACUUCCUGCACCACGUGAUCUUCGCCUGCUGCACCCUGCUGUGCAUCAUCUGCCUGCUGCUGCUGCCCGAGCCGCGGGGCCAGCCGCUCCCCGAGAGCCUGGCCGACGGAGAGAGCUUCACCCGACAGACGCUGCUGCAUCCAGGGGAGCAGCACCUCCUCCUGGCCAAGACCGACGGCGAGUACGCCCGCGUCCACGACACGCCGUUGCACCUCACGACCACCGGCGGCGCCACGGUGGCCGCGGCGACCGCUCUGGCAGCGGUGCCGGCCUCGUACUCGUUGGCCACCGGCGGCGAGGUGAUCGGAAACCAGGCCGUGGCCAACGGGGUGCGAGCACCCGAGCAAUAGUCUCCUACCGGCGCCGGGUGUCGCUUUAGCAUUCAUCCACGAGUUUGGGACAACGCAGGACUUUUAGGAGGAGGGGGGGG